AUGCGUUUCAUCAGAUCGGAUUACAGGCUUGGCCAUUUGAAUUUUCUACAAAAUACUUUAUCUAUCUAUCUAUCUAUCUAUCUAUCUAUCUAUCUAUCUAUCUAUCUAUCUAUUCAUUGGUUAUUAUCUAUUUAUCUAUCUAUCUCAUUAUAUUCAUUAUCUAUCUAUCUAUCUACCUAUCUCAUUGUUCAGUAUCUAUCUAUCUCGUUAUUCAUUAUCUAUCUAUCUAUCUAUCUAUCUAUCUAUCUAUCUAUCUAUCUCGUUGUUCAUUAUCUAUCAAUCUAUCUAUCUCAUUGUGCAGUAUCUAUCUAUCUAUCUAUCCAUCUCAUUUUUCAGUAUAUAUCUACCUAUCUCAUUGUUCAGUAUCUAUCUAUCUAUCUCGUCGUUCAUUAUCUAUCUAUCUAUCUAUCUAUCUAUCUAUCUAUCUCGUUGUUAAUUAUCUAUCUAUCAUCUAUCUAUCUAUCUAUCUAUCUAUCUCAUUGUUCAGUAUCUAUCUAUCUCAUUUUUCAGUAUCUAUCUACCUAUCUCGUUCAGUAUCUAUCUACCUGUUUAAUUGUUCAUUAUCUAUCUAUCUAUCUAUCUAUCUAUCUAUCUAUCUCAUUGUUCACAAUAUAUCUCGCAAUUUGUUUAUCUAUCUAUCCCAUUAUAUUCAUUAUCUAUCUAUGUAUCUCGUUAUAUCCAUUAUUUAUCUCAUUGUUCAUUAUCUAUCUAUCUAUCUAUCUAUCCUAUAUCUAUCUAUCUAUCUAUCUAUCUAUCUAUCUCGUUGUUCAUUAUCUAUCUAUCUAUCUAUCUAUCUAUCUAUCUAUCUAUCUAUCUCAUUUUUCAGUAUCUAUCUACCUAUCUCGUUCACUAUCUACCUAUCUAUCUCAUUGUUCAUUAUCUAUCUAUCUAUCUCAUUAUAUACAUUAUCUAAUAUCUGCCUAUCUCAUUGUUCAGUAUCUAUCUAUCUAUCUAUCUAUCUAUCUAUCUAUCUAUCUAUCUAUCUAUCUAUCUCAUUAUAUACAUUAUCUAAUAUCUACCUGUCUCAUUGUUCAGUAUCUAUCCAUCUAUCUAUCUAUCUAUCUAUCUAUCUCAUUGUUCAUUAGCCAUCUAUCUAUAGAUCACAUUGUUCAGUAUCUAUCUAUUUAUCUAUCUAUCUCAUUGUUCAUUAUCUAUCUAUCAAACUGUUCAGUAUCUAUCUAUCUACGUAAGCUUGUUAAUAUCUAUCUAUCUAUCUAUGGAUCAUUUUAA